UCUAUGGUUUAAGAUAAAUGUGUUGCAUGAAUGACAAGAAGAGCAGAUUGUCACUCUUGAGGUUUGUCAUCCUGGUUUUUUUUCUGAGAGUGAAAAUAGUGGAAGUAGUUUGCUGUUGUAAUGGGUUAUUUUCAUUCAUAAUGGCUCGCAGAGUGCAGACCCAUGCCUAUUCUAGCUAGUCGUAGUUCAUAAGAACCAUCGAAACAUACUUACCAGCUGGUAUGUCAGUACUAUAGAAAUUAUUCCUGUCGUUCACGUGUGUAAAAAAACAUAACCUCCACUAUGACAACUAUUCCACUUGCAGCUCGCAGUUCUUCGGGCAUUGAACUAUCUCAGGGACCACCCAAUUUCGGAAAAGUUCAGGAAUUUGAGCCUUUUAAAAGCAAGUCAUGCCGAACUAUGUUGUUCAGCCCCGACGGGCAGUACCUUGCCUACGUGAGUGGGAAAACGUUAAAAAUUGUACAAACAGUGUCUUGGCAGGACGUAGCAACUAUUGAAGAUGUUAAAGCUUACAAUUUGGCAUUCUCACCUAAAAGUACCUUUUUAAUGUGUUGGGAACCAUUUACUGUGAACAGUGCCAACCCACAGGGUAGCCCCAACCUGAAUAUCUACAAAUCGGAAAACGGAGAGCUUGUGAAGAGAUUUGUACAUAAGAAGCAAGGAAAUUGGGAACCUCAAUUCAGCGCUGACGAAAAAUUAUUUUCUCGAAUGGUGAAUACAGAUGUAGUGUUUUACGAAGACCUCAACUUCGAGAGGAUUGUUGCUAGGAUAAAUUGUUACAAGGUUGCUUCCUACUCUUUGUCACCCAACGUCGGUACAUAUUUUCUUCUCUGUCACACUCCGGGCAGCCCUGGUCAACCAUCUUUUGGAAGGUCAAUUCAUGAGUUUUUCAAAUUCACAUUGAAAAGUAUUCAAAUUGAUUCACAUAUUGCCAACAGCGCAACAGCAAGUUGAAAUAAAAAAGGAAAAUUAUCUUUAUAAAUCAUCAAUUAAGGCAAAAUAUAAAUUAUAGUUCAAUACCAAUUUUUUGUAUUCAAACACUUCAUUAUCGCUUUAGGUAAGGAGGGACCGAUAUAUAGUGUCAGCUGGUCUCCGAAAAAUCAGGAGUUUUGCGUUGUGUAUGGAUUCAUGCCUGCCAAAGCAACGAUUUUCAAUUUGAAAUGCGAGCCUAUUUUUGAAUGUGGAUCAGGUCCGAAAAAUUCUAUAUACUACAACCCGCAUGGGAAUAUUCUGUUGCUGGCUGGAUUUGGGAACUUACGGGGGCAGAUAGAAAUAUGGGAUGCCGUGAACAAGAAGAAAAUUGCCAAUUGUGAUGCUCCGGACACUACUUUGCUCCAAUGGGCGGCAGACGGGGAGCACUUCCUAACCGCCACCACUGCGCCUAGGUUAAGGAUAGGUAACGGAUACAAAAUUUGGCAUUACUCCUCUGCGCUUCUGUUUGAGAAGCCCUGGGCACAGCAGGAAGAACUCUACGAUGUCACUUGGCAGAAUUUCCCAAAGCUAACUUUCCCGGAACCCAAGUUGGUGAUGAAAAAAGUGGAAGGCAUCGCACCUAGUCAGCCACAAGCUUCGACUCAAGCUUACAGGCCUCCGUCCGCACGUAACAGACCUGCAGUGAAGUUCAGUCUAGAUGACGAUGAAGACAAUCCUCAAAAGUCCGGUAAAGACCCGGUUCCAUCCAAGGCAGCACUGAAGCAGAAGAAAAAACGAGAGGCAAAAAAAGCAAAGAAGAUAGAGGAAGAGAUCUCGGAGCUGCCGAAACCACCACCUGUUAUUAGUAAUGUCAAAAUAAGUUUAACUGGUGAUCCGGAUCUGGACAAAAAGAAGAAGAAUAUUAAAAAGAAACUGGAUGCAAUAGAGAAACUCAAAGCGCAGCAAGCCCAGGGAAAAACUUUGGAAAUCAAUCAGCUCGAGAAAAUCAAAGCAGAAGCAGACCUUUUGGAGGAGCUGGAAGCUCUUUCAGUGUGAUUUUUUUUUACUAACUUAUUUUCAAUUUACAUUUUUACUUUAUUUGAAAGGUAUAUUUUAACAAAAAAAGUUGUGUUAUGUCCAAUAGAUUAUUCUAUUAAAAAAAUUAAAGACUA